AUGAACUUGACCUGGAGCCUCCUGCUUCCCCUCGCUCUGGUCACACGUCUUGUCGCCAGCCCAGACAGCCAGUGGGCUUCUCAGAGCAACGAUGAACCCCAUCAUGUUGAGAAAUACGCGUCAGAAUCCACGACUCUGGAGUCAGCCUCUUAUCCUCAAUCUUUUAGUCCUCAUACCGCCUCUCCGCCCUCAGUCUUGACCUACUCAGAUGGUGCUGAAUCUCAGCCGACUCAAUCUUCAGAAGCGUCCACAUUAACAUCCGCGCACAGUUCCAACCAAGAGUCGACCGCUGUACCGGUGCCUCCAAACCAGUCUGCCUUUAGCUCAGAAAUCAUCUCAUCAGUCAUUUCGGUCCACGACUCCUCUGAACAAACUUCGACAGGCACUGAUAAAUCUAUCGACAAUCGUCCAUCAAUCUCUGCCCCGACCAACACCAAUGACUCUCCCGCGUCCUCUGGUGACACUCAAGAUCCUGCGACUCUUUCAGCUCCAGCGAGUGCCAGAUCCAUGACAACUUUGAGCACAGAUCAUACUGAUACCAGUACCGCGUCCUUGACUACAAGAGUGACGGAAAAUCCCGAACACAGUCUCACGAGCCAAGAUAUUGUUGCUUCCCAAUCAUUCAACGGGACGUCUUCUACUGAGGCUGACUCGGAGCUCUUAUUGUCUGGCACCUCCACCACUAUCGAGUCCGUUUCUUCCCUUACCAGCACCAUCACUUCCAACUCGGUCAUCUCAGUCACAGUACUUCUGACAACCUUCAGAACUGUCGUUUCUCUAUCGAAUGGGACUGCUCUCGCUCCUCUUACUACUACGACAUUCGAAAGCCCUGACAGCAUGAUUGACAGCUCAGCGACUCUAAUGUCUAGUCAAAACACCCUUUCAUCCACUUGGCCGUUUGCUGGGUCACCGGUGACUUGUGAUUUUGGACUGAGUCCAAGCUGUACUUAUCCGUCCUCGUCCAUCCCUUCCACCGCCGCCAGCACAUCUUGGUGCUUGUGUCCCUACUGUUAUCUGGCAAUGCCUCUUUGCGACUCGGGCCCUAAACCGUCAGACAAUGACUGCCCACCUGGCUGGCUCUGUACUAUUUCGAAUGUUUCCCAAACGACCAAGAGUGUGGAGCUUGAAGUUCCUAACGGUGUCGCCUGGAUAACAACUGAACUGGAUACAUGGUCGCAGGUUUGGGCCACAAUAACCCAGACAAACAAUACGAAGGAAACAACCAGUGUUGAAUGGACUGCCUCCAUAAGUACCUCAACCAAAUCAGACAAUGACGGUGGCAUCACUUUGUACCCCUUUCGAGUCUGGGACUGUGUUGGACCCCUAUGUGGCGAUCACGGCCGGGAUUGGUUCGGCUUCGUCAAGGAUUGCUUCUUGAGUUUAUUCUGCGAUACUCACUCCGGCGGCGGAGGAAGUAGCGGCAAUGGGGGCUGGUCUCCACCACCUUUUCCAAUGCCUCCCCCCAUCGCACCACCCCCCUUCGCUGCAGAAACGGCUGCGACGAUCGUCAAACCCACACCUGAAGAAAACAAAACUCAGAGUGAGACGACUUCUUCUCCACACAGUUCCACAGCAUCUUUCUCUUCAAGCUUGUCGAGCUCCUGUAGCGAGACGGAAACUGGAACGUCGUGUGACAUCGCCUGCUCUACCCUCACGGAAUCAUCAACGAGUUUCGAAUCAUGCUCAACUACCUGCUCCUCUUUUACGCGUUGUUCCGCGACCAACACGGCUACGACCUCGACAUUCGGAGAAGCAUGUACUCUGACUCCUUGGUGGAAAGAUGCCAACUUGUCGACACAACUGGUAUCCCUGCUCACUACAUUCCCCGAUUUCGACAGCAAUGAUACCUUCGCUGAAUCGUCAGUGUCGAUGGGAGCGUGCUCUGACGCAGCAUGCGUUCUGUCACAGGGGUUCACUUCGGAAACCCUUACCCUUUCUCCGCUGACAGCAAACCCUCAGACUACUUCUGAACACACUGAAACCAUAUCGAGCAGUAUUUCAGUGGCUUCUUCUGCUCCGGUCACAUCCCAUAUCCCAUCUCCGGCGCCUACGACGACUUCAACCCAGGUCCCUUCCACAACCUCGACAAAGCGCUUGACACUCUCCACCAGUACGCGGGAUGGGAAGCCGAUGACCAUCACCAGCUCGUCUAGGUCUUUCAGUGAGGUCCAGUUCUGGACUUGUGAUGGCUGGUCAGUCUCAGGCAGCUCUAGCUGCACCGAAAGCUUCCAUCCAGCAUCGACUGGAAUCACCGUUCCUCCGCUAGUCGAACUGAGAUCAGCAUGUGGCCAGUAUAGCGCUCCAAUCUCCCUGACCGAACCCGCAAAAGCGAACCAACACGACUGUGCGACCCCAGUGAAAGCGGCCGCCACUUCAACUGUUGCACACAACUGGGAUGCCGGGCUAGCGUUCCAGCCGUUUCGCGACCCGAAAGCUUUGAUCGCCGAGUUUUGCAACAUGCUCGAGACCUUCGAACUUGUGAUUGUCCCUCGCGAGCCAGGUCAAGAUAAGGAGUCUCAAGGCGAAUGUCACAACUUCUAUGUCGAGCCGACUGCCGAGGCUUUGGCAUUGUAUAAUUAUCGAGUCACAGUUGGAGUGAUGUUUGAUUACAAUGGAUGCAAGGGGCCUGACGACAAGCACAAGGAGGGGAUCGACUUUUCCAAGUAUGGGAGUAAGAAGUGUCGGGACAAUUUCAAGGAUCUUUUGGUGGACAAGUGCAAGUUCUCGGAUCAGUUUGUCAAGGACGGCACCAACAUGGGUCCGAAUAAGUGGAUUGGUGGCAUGGCUUGGAAGGACUGCAUGCGCUGGACGGUCAUUGCUCCAGAUGAGAAGUUUGCCGCACCAGAUACUUUACCUGGCUUGAAGGUGCCGGAGUGAAAUUGUCCUGGAGAUGAACGUGGCAAGGGUGUUGUUAGUAGAAUGGUGAUGGUCGACGUGCUAGGCAACUAAGUAGACCUAGAUGAGAUGACAGGAAAUCGGAUGAUAGAGUCUGGAACUUCAG